AACGAAAUCAUGCAAGAACCAUCGGAAAAAGAUAAAAAUACAUCAAUCUUUGAGAAAUUUCUCGGUUCUUCUUCGGUCAUUGGCCUUUCUCAGAUUACUAAAUCACGAAGUAUCGUUCGAAAAUUACUGUGGUUAGCAGUUUUGGUGACCGGAUUGACGUUUUGUGCCAUAGAAUCUCAUAAGUUUAUGCGAGAAUUUUAUAAGUAUCCCGUCGUUGUUAAUCUAGAGAUAGAGAAUAAGGGUGCACUGGAAUUUCCAGCUGUCACUGUUUGCAAUCUGAAUAGCGUGAGAAAAAGUGAAUAUCAAAAAAGAUUUGUAAAAACUAUUACGAUUGAGAGUGCAUUUGAUAGUCCUUUUCUGCCUUCUGCUGCAAGAGGUUUCUUUAUUCCAUUUAGAAAAUUUACAUCUCAGUGUGACGCAGUUGAGCAAAAGUCCAGAAAUGAAAAUAACCAAAAUGAUUUCUAUAAUACGUACUUUUCAUUGAACAAAACGGUCAGAGGAUCCCUUGGACAUCAAAAAGAAAACUUCAUUAUGUCUUCGUCUUUUAACGUCAAACAGAUUUCUUUAUUUGAUAACUUCCAAAUGGUUGUCAAACCAAGACAUGGGCCGUGUUAUACAUUUAAUGGUAGAAACACGACUAGUCAAAAUAUGAAUGUUUCUUCUGUUCGCGUGUCUCGAAAUAUCGGCACUCUGAGCGGUUUAACUCUAGUGUUAAAUUUAGAACUAGAAGAAUAUUUUGACAAAACGAAAUCUGUUGGAGCCAGGAUUGUUAUUCAUUCUCCAGACGAAUUUCCGGAUACAGAAGGUGAAGGAAUUAACAUUCUACCUGGAGUCGAAACCUCCAUUGCUAUUAAUAAGCAAACAACAAAGAGACUGCCUUUCCCGUAUAAAGAUAGAUGCAAAGAUUAUAAGAAACAAACCAUCAGAAAUGUAUCAAUUUUAAACGAAAAGGAUUGCAUAAUUCAUUGUCUGCAAGAUCUCAAUAUUCAGAGAUGUAAUUGUACCGAUCCAACUCUCAUUUUCAAAAAGAAAAGACAGAAAUGCGAUUUAGAAAAUAACGAAGAAGUGUGUUGCCUUGAUAAAGUAUUUGAAGAAAUGUCUUCUCUAAAUUUUGAGACUUGUGAUUGUCGUGUUUCCUGUUCAAUAACAAAUUACGAAAUGACAACAUCUAUGUCUCUUUGGCCUUCUCCCGAAGAAUUUCAGUACAAUUAUCAAUAUUAUGGAUUUAACUAUUCUUCAUUCCGGAAUACGUAUGCUAAAUUGAAUGUAUAUUAUGCCACUUUAGAAGAAACUAUUUAUGCCCAAAGACCAGUUUACCAGAAUAACGAAUGGUACAGUCAUUUGGGAGGACAGCUUGGCCUGUGGUUAGGAAUCUCCCUUCCAGCAAUUUUCGAUUGUAUUGAAACUAUAGUGUUAUUAAUUCAUCAUGCCAUUAUAAAAUAUAUAACCAAGAAUUAAGAAAGAAUUAGUAGCUACCGAAGUAGCCAGUUGGCUUUCCAAAAAUAAAGAAAUUAAGAACGAAUUACUAGACACAGCGUUAUUGGAAUAUCUUCAAUGCCACCCGGAUUUAGUUGAACAACAUAUUAAAGGAAACAUUAAAAAAUAUAAGAAAUUUCUGAACAACAGGGAUGAAUCUACAUUACGAUCUUCGCCACUGGAUAAUACGAGUGUUUCAUUAAAAACUAAUCUGUUGACUUUGAUCAAACAACAGGACCUCCAAUCAGCUCUUCUAAAUGUGUCUUAUAUACUUAAUGCAGCUGUAAAUGCGGACAGUGUAAAAGUUUCAUUAAUAGAUAAAAGUAUCUUUAAUCCAAACACAGAAUACGAAAUAUUUCGAGGAAGAAGAACGAUUAGGUUUUAUUUAGUGUCAAGUCAAUAUCGUAACUAUGAAUAGGUUAAAUAAAAGUCUGCCAUUUUCAACCAUAGAGCAAGAAAUUGCUACAUUUUUAAUAAAUAGUGUUAAUUCGUGUUUAAAUUUGUAUAGAAGAAAUAAAGAACAAAUCAACAAUGAAAACAUAAAACAAAUGACAGCUUUGCUGAGUGAUAAAGAAUUGACUCGUAGUAUUAUUAUAAAGAUUUUGAAACAGAUUCGAGAGAUGAUAUCAGCCAAUCAAGCCAAUUUAUACGUGGCAAACGAUAAAAGAAACGAAUUUAUU